UCGUAUCGUUACCCUUCCAUUCUCUCCCUUGGCUAUUUACACGCUCCUAAUUAGAUCCGUGAGACCUAAUCCUCUCUGACGAACUAAAUAUCUCCGUGAAGAUGGACACAGACGUAACCAUGGUUCCCGCCGGCGAGGCUAGCUCUAGCGCCGCCGGACCUUCAUCUUCCACAAAGAAGCCUAAGCGAUUCGAAAUAAAAAAGUGGAAUGCUGUCGCUCUUUGGGCCUGGGAUAUUGUUGUGGAUAACUGCGCAAUUUGUAGAAACCACAUCAUGGAUCUCUGUAUUGAGUGCCAAGCGAAUCAAGCAAGUGCUACAAGCGAGGAGUGCACUGUUGCCUGGGGUGUAUGCAACCAUGCUUUCCACUUCCACUGCAUCAGUCGAUGGCUCAAAACCCGCCAAGUGUGCCCUCUUGAUAAUAGUGAGUGGGAAUUCCAAAAGUAUGGCCACUAGAUUCUUUGGCAACAAGCAGGGCAUAUGGGUCAAACUUUUGAAGUUUUGCCUAAAUCAACACCUGGGAGUAAAAAAUGCCAGAAAGACGAGAUGUGUGGCCAGUAACUCUAUUGUAAUAGAUCUUUAUAUCUAGCGUUUUGGAUGACCAACAUGGUUUUUGUUUCUGAAAUUUCCUGGCAGUCUCUGGACCCAAGUUCUGGGGUCAGAUGUGCAGUUUCCUUAUGCACAGUAUUCCAUUUUAUGAUAUUGUUAUGACCUAUUUUUGUGGGUGCUUUAGCUCAGAAUGGAGUUCUAAUCUCUAUUGACGCCGAGGUCAAUUGUUAAAAUGCAUAUUUACUGAUUAUUUGCUA